AUGGCGGCGAAGACUUUGUCCCUUUCUGAGCUAAACAAAGCAAUGCAGCAAAAGGACUGUUUGCAAGGCUGGGAUAUUCUAGUCUCUUACCAGACAGCUGUGUUAAAUGAGAUUCUGAAGCAGAGAGCCUCCAAGAUCGAAGGCUUGACAAAAGUGCCAGAAUGGCCUGCUUCCUGGCAAGAUCCCAUCACCGGUGACACCGUGACAUCUAAGGUCUCGAUAUCGCUAUCGAAUCCUGCUAUGAACUUCAAAGAUGACCAAGCGUCUGUUACAGUUACUUUCUAUUUAUCAGGAGAGUCUCGACGCGAAGGCUCAUCUGCACCUGACGUGCUGCCACCCAAUAUGACCCUUCAGUUGGACACAUAUCUUAUCGAUGUUAGGGGUGCGGUUAUCGGCUCUGGUGCUGCCGCCGAAAUCACUACAUCCAAGGGGGAGGGCGAUCCACCGUCAAAGAUAUCUGUUUUUGAGCCUGGAACUGAAAAUGCUAGGGCCAUUUCGAUCGAUUUCAGUUCAGGCAAGCUUACGAUAGUCCCAGGACCUAACACGCCUCUAUCAGACGAACAAGCUGCCUUUAUCAAUUGUAUUUCAGUGGAUAUCCAAGAGCACUUCCAAAAGUCUGUUGGUUUGCAAUGCUACCUGGGUAGUGUCUCCAAUAAGACGUCUACUGAUAUUCCGGGGGCACUGAAGCCGACGGCAUUUAGUUUCUCAACAAUCGCUGGAGAUAGUAAUACUCCUGGUGUUCUCUGUAUGUGGAUUGGGGUGGAAGGAGGCGCCGGGAACUAUACGGUUCCUGAUCAAGGGAACUCGUUACAGUUCAAAAUUGAUACAAUUGAACACAACCCAAUCCCAAAGGACCACACCGCAAGCAUCAUUUUUAGUCACCAGAUUAUGUCAAACAAAUUCUUCCUGCCUGCCCUGGAGGCUAGUGGCAUGAAUGGCGCUGUAUGUGACUCUGUGUUGGGGACUCCAGGAAUGAAGUUCCGCUUCUAUCUCGCGUCAAUGGAGCUUCAUGUCGACAAAAAGGACGAGCAUGGGUCGAGUCUGUUGGCUACCUGGCGUAAGAAGCUGGAUGCGGUGGAUUUCAACAUGAAAGACGAGAUGGUGUCCCUGGAAAUAGGCGAAAAAUCGUCCACGAAUUGGUCACGAUCAAUUAGACUUAACUGGUCGGUUUACUCGAAUCCAACAUUCGGUUCGGCUCACACUACCCACGGAGAAUUGACCUUGACGUUCAAGAUUGCGAAGGAAGGAUACUGGAAGUUGGACGGCAACAAGAUCUCGUUUGUUAUUCAAUUUCCAGACAAGUUCGAAGUCUCGGCUGUCGCAGAUCAGCAUAGCUUUUGGGAGAAAUUUUUCGAUUCAGCAUCCGAGGAUAUACCUAGCGAGUACAAGAACCUUUCUCUUGAUAUCCCCGUAGCGGACAUGGAGUUGAGAUCAAUGGAUUACUUCCUAACGACCAACCUGGUUUUUCCUGGGUAUACGUCUUUCGUGCCUAACAGCCCUGACACAGGUCUGGCAGUUCCACGGGAUACAAUCAUUACUGGCCAAAUUCAAACUUCCGGGUCGGCAACAUCUUUCGAAAUCCAGUCUACCAAACUGGAGGCAUUGAAAGCAGACGCUACCGAAUCCUUGAUACCCGAAAUCAAGGCAGAUGGUGAUCCGAUUACCAGCAUAACGACCCGCAUGUUAGCCGAAGAUGUCGGAGCGGUUGAGAACUCAGCUAGCGAGCUGCCAGAAGCGUCUCAAGUAGCAGAGAAACCGGCUUCCAUGUUACCAAAAGAUCUGAUGAACCCGAAAGGAACCCUUUUCCUCGACCUCACAAAGGCGUCCAUGGAUAAGGAAAACUCAUUGAAGAACGUGCUGAGCGUCGUCGACCAACACGGUUACGGCCAUAUCACUGAAGCUCAGGUCAAUCAAAUGUUGAAUGUUGCCACACCAGGGUCUCAGGUAACGGAUAGUCCGGUAGAAAAGAAAAGCCAAGAAGGGAGAGUGCUGCAACAGCAACAGAGUAAUCAAACGCAGCUCUUUUCUCUGAAUUUAUUUGGGGGGAGAUACAUCUUUGACGGCUCUUCUAAAGAAUUGAUCGUCAACCCCCAGACCGGCCGAAUAAAGGUUGACGGAGUUGAGGCAGUCCCAACAUUUUCGACCGACCCAAACACAUAUAUCACCACCACCAGCUGGAGCGUGCCUUCGAAGACAUAUUCUGUCGUUUUUAGCAGCGAUAUUUUGGAUGACGAUACCUUCCAACCCACCUUUGUGGGCAAGAUGAAGGAUGUCAUUAAAAAUGAAGAAGUCGAUAUAUCUGGAAAAAAGAGAAUACUAGAUACCACUGAUAAGGGAAUCAUAAGUGCUAAAACAAGCGACAUAAUCACGAUCGUCGGUUUCAGUAUUGGCAAUACCCUCUCACUCAUUGGACUUGCACUCGCUAUUCGUUGGCGCCCAAAGGACAAAGUACAUAACGAUCCUACCCAACCCGCGCAAGUGAGAAAAGAAAAUGGUGAGGAAGCGAAUAAGUUGCUCGAGAGAUCAAAUAACGUAGGCGAGGUUCGACGUAAAGCAUCCGUUGAAUUGGUAGAGGUCCUCAAAAAGACGUCUGAAAAGGAAGCCGAGGCCAGAUCACACAUGGCGGAAAAUGAGAAUAUCUUUGUCACUGAUGUUGAUAAAAUCUUAGAACAAGAGUCCAAGCGCAUUCAAGAUCAUACGAAAGGGAUUGCCGUCGAAGAAUUGGCCGACGGAUCGGGACCAGCUUUUGAGACUGAAGUGCAUAAGAUUAAUGACGCUCUCAAACAGAGAGUGGAGAAGUAUGUGCAGCAGAGCAUCAGUCCAAAUAUCAAUGACAGUCUCAUGAUCUGGAAAAAGGCGGGGUACAUCACCGAUGCAGAGAUUCAAAAGAUUGCGACGGAUGGUCUAAAGCCGUUAAUCGAUCGACAGUUAGCAGAUCUCACUAAAAAAGAGGCGCAACAACCGUCAGUAGCAGAGGCCGUAGUCUUGCAUGCAGCAGCGGAAAAGGUGUUCAAAGAGCAAGAGGCAUUUUAUAAGGAUGCAGAAGUUGCUAAGGACGCAGCGUUCACAAAGGAGAGGACUUUAGAAAAGGAGUAUAAAAAGAAAGAAGCAGCCAUAUCCAAAAAAGAGGAACUAAAGGAUAAGGAGCAAGACCCGGCAGAGAAGAAGAUAAUGGAAGAUGCGAUUGAGACGAUGAGGAAAGAGCUGAAGCUUAAGACGGAAGAGCAUAAAGCAGCCGCCAAGGAAGCGCUUGAGAAGGUGAGGAUUCGCGACAAGGAGAAGCUCAAGCUCGAUAAGAAAAAUGAAAAGAGGGAAGUGGAGCAGAAGAGGAAAAACGAGGCAAUCCAAAGGGCUCUCAAGCUGAAGCACCAUUAG